CCACUUGGAAAAAGUCCGUCGAAAGAACAAGACGUCGGCCAUAGGCAAUUUUUGGCGCCUACAAGCCAACCAUUGGCAAGUCAGCGGGCCCUUCGCCGCACCUGCUUCCGGUGACGAGCGCUGUCCCGCCACUCCUCGCCCCUCUCCGCUUCGUCUUCUUCUUCCUUCCCCCGUCUCUCUCUCGCUGACAAGGAGACGCCGAUGAGAGUUGCUCGAAACCGAUUGGUGUGCUCGUAGGGACGAACGUAGUAAGUUAGUAACCAUCAGGGAGGGAGGGGGAGGGGGCUGUGAUGGAGUACGACGACAUGGAGGCCGCGUCGGGAGCCCACUUCUCCGGCCUCCGCCUCGACGGCCUCCUCUCAUCUCCGACCGUUCGCUCUCUUGCUGCCGACUCACCCAAGGAGCCAUUCGUCAUCGGAGUGUCCGGUGGUACUGCCUCAGGCAAGACGACGGUCUGCGAUAUGAUCAUUCAGCAGCUGCACGAUCACCGCGUUGUUCUUGUGAAUCAGGAUUCUUUCUAUCGUGGUUUGACUGCAGAAGAAUCAGAGCGUGUCCAUGAAUAUAAUUUUGACCAUCCAGAUGCCUUUGACACCGAGCAACUGCUUGAAUGUAUUGGAAAGUUGAAAAGUGGCCAGUCAGUUAAUGUUCCAAUAUAUGACUUUAAGAACCAUCGAAGAUGUUCUGAAUCUUUUCGAAAGGUUAAUGCAUCCGAUGUGAUUAUCUUGGAGGGAAUUUUAGUCUUCCAUGAUCCACGAGUCCGUAGUUUGAUGAACAUGAAGAUCUUUGUGGAUACAGAUGCUGAUGUUAGACUUGCUCGAAGAAUAAAACGUGAUACUGUGGAGAGGGGUAGGGAUGUGAAUUCUGUUCUUGAACAGUAUGCCAAGUUUGUGAAACCUGCUUUUGAUGAUUUUGUUCUCCCAUCAAAGAAGUAUGCUGAUGUCAUCAUACCUAGAGGAGGAGAUAAUCAUGUGGCAAUUGAUUUAAUUGUCCAACACAUACGCACAAAGCUUGGCCAGCAUAAUUUGUGCAAAAUUUACCCCAAUGUUCAUGUCAUUCAGUCGACAUUUCAGAUACGUGGAAUGCAUACUUUGAUUAGAGAUAAGGACAUAGCAACGAAUGACUUUGUUUUCUACUCAGAUAGACUUAUAAGGCUGGUUGUAGAGCAUGGUCUUGGCCACUUGCCUUUCACAGAGAAACAGGUUAUGACUCCAACAGGAUCUGUAUAUACUGGAGUUGACUUUUGCAAGAAAUUGUGUGGUGUCUCCAUUAUUCGAAGUGGUGAAAGCAUGGAGAACGCCCUGCGUGCUUGUUGUAAGGGUAUUAAAUUAGGAAAAAUUCUGAUUCAUCGUGAUGGCGACAAUGGCAAGCAGCUCAUUUAUGAGAAGCUCCCUCGAGAUAUUUCUGAACGCCAUGUCUUGCUUCUCGAUCCUGUGCUUGCAACAGGUAAUUCUGCUAAUCAGGCCAUUGAACUCCUCAUACAGAAAGGCGUCCCAGAAAGCCGAAUAAUUUUUCUCAAUCUCAUUUCAGCUCCGGAAGGGAUUCACACAGUUUGCAAACGGUUUCCUUCCUUAAAAAUUGUUACAUCAGAAAUUGAUGUGGCAUUGAAUGAAGAGUAUCGUGUCAUUCCUGGGAUGGGUGAAUUUGGGGAUCGGUAUUUUGGCACAGAUGGUUAAUGUCAUACCAUGCAACAUCGGUAGCUUUUAUCUUUUUGCAGAUUUUCAGUUUCUGUAAUGCUUGAGGGAAAGUAACAUUUAUAACAAAGAGCAUUUAAAGCAUCGAUCGGCAUGCAAGACAAGUACUGUUAUGCAUAAGCAAAUUUAUGGGUUUGCCGUGCAAAAAAUGCGUUAUGGAAAAUUCGUUUCCCCUUGCAGAGCUUUUCAUAAACCAUUUUUGUCAGUUAAUUGAAUACCAUUAUUUGAGAGUACA